AUCCACAAAUCCUGCCACAAUGGUGGAUGUUAAAAAGUUCAGUGAUAUAGACAUAUACGGCCUGCUCGAAGUGGACAUCGGAGCCACGGAGCAAGAGAUCCGGAAAGCGUACCGCAAAAAAGCCCUACAAUGCCAUCCGGACAAAAACCCCGACAACCCGAAGGCGGCCCAGCUGUUCCAGGAGCUCUCGAAGGCGCUCGAGAUCCUGAUGGACGCAUCGGCCCGGGCCGCCUACGAUCGGAUGCUGAACGCCAAGAAAGCCGCCCAGCUGAGGACGAAGCAGCUCGACAGCAAACGGCAAAAGCUUAAAGCCGAUCUCGAAGAACGCGAACGGCAGGCCAAAGAGGCGGCAACCGGUGGUUACAAAACGGCCAGCACGAAAACCCCCGAGGAGCUGUUCCAGGAGGAGUUCGAUCGGCUCCGCAAGGAGGGUUCCAAGUUGAUCCAGGAGGAGCAGGAACUUAUGCGAAAGCAGCUACAGGACGAACUGCGCAUGAUGCAGACGGCGACCGCACCGAGCUGGGAUCCAUCAAAGCACCGCGUAAAGAUACGCUGGAAGGCGGACAAGGGCGAUCCGGCGAACGGGGGGUAUAGUGAGGAGACGUUACGAAAAUUUCUCACCAAAUACGGCGACCUUAAUGCGUUGGUGAUGAGCCCGCGAAAGUGCGGGAGCGCACUGGUCGAGUUUCGGGACAAGGAUGCAGCGGAAAUGGCCGUUACGUACGAGAAGGGUCGGUUGGACAACCCGUGCACGCUCGAGUGGGUGGGGGAGGCACCGGCACAGAGUAAACAGAAGACUUCCCGGGCCGGUGGAACCGUAACGGAUCGGGACUACGAAAGUUUGGUGUUGAGGCAAUUACGCCAAGCCGAGGAACGGAAACGAUUGAUCGAACAAAUGAUGAAAGAGGACGCUGAGGAAACGAGAGAGUAAACCACACAUUUUCCAAGCAUUUUUUGUAUCUUGUUUAACAAUUUAUUUUGACUAUAUCGCGCCGAAAGGAGAAAAUACAGAUUUUCAUACAGUUCGGGAGAAACGGUGAA